GAGGGAGAAGGGGGUUGCUGCAGCGCACUGACUGACAGCACAGAGGGAGGGUUGUUCUCUGGCUCUUUCCAAGAUGGCCACCAACGAUGGAGUAAUGCAAUAACUUUACAUCGCGACUGACUGUUUUUUUUUUGUUUUUUUUUGGGGGGGAAAAAAGUUGAGAGGCUGCUUUUUAAGAAGAGACCCUCAGAUAGAGAGGGAGGCGAAGGAGGGGGAGAAGAAAAUAAACUGCAUUCUGGCCCUUUUUUGUUUCUCUUCAGAAGAAGAAAGAAGAAGAAGCACCAUGUCUGAUGUGUGUGUCUGUUGCUGGCAAACACCUUUGGAUUAGAGCCGGCGAGGACUUCAACCGAGAGCUGGGGCUUUUUCUGUCUUCCUUCAUGAUUUGAGAGGAGGAUUAAAGGAACAAAAAAAAAGCGCCUUAGAUUAUAUUGGAUCUACUCCCCGAAUUUCUCUUCCUAUGUUUUUCUCCCCUCUCUCUCUUUACAUUUCUCCUGUCACCAUCACACACAGAAUAUUUUUUUCUCUGCGCCCGUGCCUGGAAAGUUUUGUGAAAGGCAGGGUUAAGCUACCGUCGAAAGGAGAAGAAGGGGGAAAAAGUCUCUUGUGUUUGUUUCUUUUGCCAGGAGCGAGAGGGAUUUGGAAAGAAGAAGUAAUUAGGAAGAACUUGAAGGGAAACAACAAAAACCUCGACGCGUGAGGCCGGAUUUCUCUGAUAUCAAAUCGUUUUUGUGCGUGGAGACGUGGCAAGAAGAGAUUUCAAAUAUAUGUUUUAAAGGGAAGGGAGGAAAACCCCUCAACAUCGAAGAUUCUGGAUAAAAUUUCUGCUGACCGCCAAUCUCCUUUGAUCAGAACAGAAAACUUGUUUACUGUUCAAUAGAAAGCCGACAACAAUAAACGGAGAGAGCCUUUUGCGUUAAAUCCUAAAAUAUUUACAGGGGGGGGGGGAAAUAUUCUUUUCUGUUCUCUCAAACUGAACCGAGAGCGCUGUUUACACCGAUGACAGUUGAGGUCAUGAACACAAAAACUCCGCUCUUCUAGGAUUUAGAAGAAUGUCAUCAGAGGACAAAAGUGUGGAGGCAUCUGACCUAGGACCGCCACCUCUUUCUGCCGCCCUUGCAGCUGUUCCUGUUGGCAGCCCUGUAAAUAAUGACAAACGGCCACGAGGACGGCCUCGUAAAGAUGGCACAACUCCUCUACAAAAGAAAAAGAAGUCUCGAAGCAAGGGGAAGAUGGUUGUUGAAGAUGAUGACAGUAUGGAUGGGUUGGAGACGACAGAAAAUGCAAUGGAAACAGAAACUAAAGAUGACUCACUGGAGGAGGAUAUCCUUACAGAAAUGGAGACCAAUGAGCAAUCGCCUCUCUUGCAGCACUCGGUAUCUGAUGAAUCUGCCAGCUCCAUAGCCUCAAUCAAUCUCAAUACAAAAUCCAGCAAUGAACAGCUCUGUGCCUUGUGUUAUUGUGGUGAGCGGAGCUCGCUGGGGCAGGGUGAGUUGAAAAGGUUCAGCCCAACUCCAGAUUUCGCUGUGUUAAGAAAAAGCCCAUCUCAAGCAAAGCAAGACAGUACCGACAAUUCGGAGGAUAGUAAUGACAAGAGCCACAAGCAGUGUUCCACUUCACAAAGGCCACAGAAAAAGUCUCCUUCCCACUCUCCGCCUGCUGCAGUUCCAGUGGCUCCUGAAGAACAGAUAUGCAGAUUUUGGGAUGAACUCAGUCAAGUUGGUCUUCCUGAUGGUAUUGAUAUUCAGACCUUGUUUGAACCUACAGGCCACUUUUGGGUGCACCAUUGUUGUGCAGCGUGGUCUUCUGGGGUGUGCCAGAAGGAACAGGUACUGGUGAAUGUAGACAAAGCUGUUCUCUCAGGGAAUACAGAGCAUUGUGCAUACUGUAAGCACCUUGGAGCCACCAUCAAAUGCUCAGAAGUGAAUUGCAAUCAGUUGUACCACUACCCAUGUGCAGCUGGAGCUGGUACUUUUCAGGACUUUAGAACACUGACUCUGCUCUGUCCAGAACACAUUGAUCAAGCUCCUGAAAGAUCCAAGGAAGAAUCAAACUGUGCUGUGUGUGAUAGCCCAGGGGAACUUUUAGAUCAGCUUUUCUGCACUAGCUGUGGACAACAUUACCAUGGAGCAUGCCUAGACAUAGCUGUGACCCCUUUGAAACGGGCUGGGUGGCAGUGCCCAGAGUGCAAAAUCUGCCAGACUUGCAGAUGUCCAGGUGAUGACAGCAAAAUGUUGGUUUGUGACAUAUGUGACAAAGGCUAUCAUACAUUUUGUCUCCAACCGGCAAUGGAGUCGAUACCUACAAAUGGCUGGAGGUGUAAAAAUUGCAGGGUAUGUGUUGACUGUGGCACACGGACCAGCUCUCAUUGGCACCACAACUGUUCACUUUGUGCUAGUUGUUAUCAGCAACAAGACCACAGCUUCUACUGUCCACUCUGUGGCAAAAUCUGCCAUCAAGACCCCCAAAAGGAUGCACUGCAUUGUCAGAUAUGCAAAAGGUGGAUUCACAUAGAAUGUGACAAAUCUUCGGAAAAUAAUGAGGCAAAAGAGUGCUACAUCUGUACAAUGUGUAAAGAAACAGAAGGUACAGAAGAAAAUGUUCAGUCCUCCGAUAAUGGGAUUGUUGACUGUAUCCUAGAAACUGAAGCUGGUGUUCCUGGAAUGAAUGGAGCUGUUGAGGAACAGUUAUCAAAAGAAGAGGCAGUUCAACAGCCAGACAACGGUAUUAACCUUGCUGAAGAUCAGAGUAUUACAGUUAAGAAAAAUGAUUUGGCAGCAGCCCAUCCAACUGAACAUACGGAGUCUGAUUUACCCAAGGAAGCUCUGGUUUCUGAAGAAGUGCUUCAGCAGCAUGGGAGUUCAACAGCGGUAACAGUAGUUCAAGAUACAGAGGUGAAUGAAAGUAAACCUGAGACAGAAUUGCAACCUCAACCAAAUGAGGAGACACAAGAUUCCAAGGAGUCUGUUGAAGUAGCAACCCCAGUAAUAGAACAUCAGGUUUGUGAGAACAAAACUGAACCAAUGGAGGUUUCUGCCACAGAAGUGGCAAAUAAUGGGCCUGUAUCAAAUACUGGACCCGUGCAAGAGGUCACACUGACCAAGGAGCUUCCAGAAGUUGUACUGGUGGAUAAUGUGGCACAGAAGAGUGAAGAAAAAAGCUCCCAAGUGUCUCAUAGUAGCAGUGUUGAAGCUGAAGAAACACCCAGUGAGUGUACAUCAGAGCUCAGUUCAUCAAAUGAAAGUAAAACUGAGAAAGCAUUUGGAGAAGUUGACAAUAAUUAUGCCAGCAGCAGUAAAUCCUCCAUUUCUCCCUCUUCUGUGACUGUUUCGGUUGGGCUGACUCCAGUGACUAAUAUGUCUCACACUUCAGCUCCAAGCACAUUUGGUUCAGGAAUUCCUGCACCUACCUUCGUACCUCUGGUUCCAAAAAUAGGAAUGGGAAAACCGGCUAUUACCAAAAGGAAAUUCUCUCCAGGAAGACCCCGAAUGAGACAGGGCAUAUGGGCGACAAAUGCUAUGAGUUCCCCUUCCUGGUCUGCAAACAGUUUUGAAUCUCGGGAGAGUAUGAUAAAAACAAAGCAACCUCAGAACAGCAUUUGGAGCAUCAAAGUGGGUCGUGGUGCUGGCUUUCCUGGAAAAAAGAGACCACGUGGAGGAGGACAUCCUGGUCGAGGAGUUAGAGGCAGAUCGAAACUGAAAAAUGGCAUGGGUGCUGUUAUAACACCAGGAGCUGGUGCCACGGAAAUGAUGGUAAAUAAGGAUGAAGAUGAAAACUCUAUGCACAACACAGUUGUUUUGUUCUCCACCAGUGACAAAUUUACCUUAAAGCAGGAUAUGUGUGUUGUUUGCGGGAGUUUUGGGAAAGGCCCAGAAGGACGACUGCUUGUUUGUUCUCAGUGUGGCCAGUGUUACCAUCCCUACUGCGUCAGUAUUAAGAUCACCAAAGUGGUGUUGAGCAAAGGCUGGCGGUGUCUUGAAUGCACAGUGUGUGAAUCCUGUGGAAAGGCCUCCGAUCCAGGUCGCUUGCUUCUCUGCGACGAUUGUGACAUCAGCUAUCAUACUUACUGUUUGGAUCCACCUUUGCAGACUGUCCCCAAAGGUGGCUGGAAAUGCCGAUGGUGUGUUACUUGUGUACAAUGUGGGGCAACCUCGCCUGGUUUCAAGUGUGAGUGGCAGAAUAAUUAUACACAGUGUGCUCCUUGUGCCAGCCUGACUGUCUGUCCAGUCUGCAAUAAGAACUACAAGGAGGAGGAACUAAUUAUACAGUGUCGACAGUGUGACAGAUGGAUUCAUGCAAUUUGCCAGAAUUUGAACACAGAAGAUGAAGUUGAGACUGAAGCAGAUAACGGCUAUGACUGUUUUACAUGUAGGCAAUAUGCGACAACUCCAGUGACUACCUCAGAAGGGACUGAUAUGUCUUUGGUAACACCUCAAGUUAUUGUGAAGACGAAGGAACCAGAGCCAAUGCGGACGUAUACACAAGAUGGUGUCUGCCUAACUGAGUCGGGUAUGUCACAGCUCCAAAGCCUCAGUGUUGCUCCACCACGUCGGAAGCGACCUAAGCCAAAGUUGAAGCUAAAGAUCAUAAAUCAGAACAGUGUGGCUGUUUUGCAAACUCCUCCUGAUCCGCAGUCUGAACAGUCCAGAGACAUAGAUGGAGAUAUGGAUGAUAGCAGAGUAUCUGAUCUAAUGGACUGUGAUACAAAGUCUGAUACACCUACUAGUCCAGAGCGAGAACCAGCAGAUGAUGACCGCAAGGGAGGCGAAGGGUCUGACAGCCUUAAAAAGAGGAAAAGGAAGCCAUAUAGACCUGGAAUAGGUGGGUUUAUGGUGCGCCAGAGGAGUCGGACAGGACAGAGUAAAUCAAAGCGCUCAUUAUCCAGGAAGAACUCCACGGGUUCAGUCUCCGAUAUGACUGGAAAAGAGGAUGGUUGGAUUGAACAGCAAUCAGAGAUGCUUGAUGAUGUGGCAUCUGCUGUCCCUGAGAUUGUAGAUAAAAUGAAAAAGCGAUACAGGAAAAAGAAGAAUAAAUUGGAGGAAAUUUUUCCAACCUAUCUGCAGGAAGCCUUUUUUGGAAAACAUUUGCUGCAUACAAGUCGACAGAGUAAGUCCAUUUUGGAUGCUCUGUCUGACGAAGAAUCAUCACAACUACCAAACAGAGUACCAAAUGCGAAUGUAAACUUCCUGAAUCCUUCCUCUGAUCCACUGUUGAGUUCAGCUGCAGCACAAAUGGCUACAAAACAACAGGGAGGGCAAGGUAACGGUGAUGAUCCACUAGCUGAUCUGUCAGAAGUCCUCACCACAGAAGAUGAUAUCCUUGGAAUGCUAUCUGAUGAAUUAGGAAAAGCAAGAGAUGAGCCAGCUGGACUGGAUAUUGGCCCAAUUUCAGAGGAUCCGUCUUCAGUUUCCCAAUCAAGUGGAGGCCAAGGUUCACGGCCUUUGACUGAGGAACAGCUAGACCGAAUACUUAGCCCCGAUCUUGAGAAAAUAGUCACAGAUGGGACAAUUCUGAGUAAUCUUUACAAAAUUCCAGAACUGGAAGGAAAAGAAGUGGAAGAUCUGUUCACAGCUGUGCUAAGUCCUUCGGCUAACCAACCUCCUCCAACUGCAAUGCCUUUGCCUCCACCUGACCAUGGCAACAGAGGCUUUACCAGAGUUCCAGCCAUGAAUGGUGUGAUUGCACCACAACACCAAACAGCUUUAACACCUGGAAGUGGACGUUGCAUCAGCACCACUUACUCUUCCAUCCCUCCAUCACCAUUCCCUGAUGGCAGCCGAGACAAGAACCAUACUUUUAGUCAAGUUGUUGGUGAUGGACCCAGCCCAUGGGUACCCUCUGCUCCUGCUGUGGAAGUGGAAGGAGACACGCUAAACUAUACACAGCGAAGUACGCUAAAAUGGGAGAAGGAAGAAGCCCUGGGAGAAAUGGCAACAGUUGCCCCUGUUCUGUACACAAACACAAACUUCCCAAACCUGAAAGAAGAUUUUCCAGAUUGGUCUACCAGAGUUAAACAAAUUGCUAAAUUGUGGAGAAAGGCAAGCUCUCAAGAGAGAGGCCCUUAUGUGCAAAAGGCAAGAGACAACCGGGCAGCACUGCGUAUAAACAAGGUUCAGAUGACCAGCGAAUCUUUGCGAAGACAGCAACAGGAGUGCAUUGACUCUGUGUCUCGCCCUGACAUUGACAUGCCAUUUAAGGAUCAAAUGAAGCAAAAGGAAUCAGAGCAUGAGCAGGAGUGGAAGCUUAGACAGCAAAUGCGACAGAAGAGCAAGCAACAAGCCAAGAUUGAAGCUACACAGAAACUGGAACAGGUGAAACAUGAACAACAGCAACAACAGCAACAGUUUGGCUCUCAGCAAUCAACUGGGGGGGAUGAUUCUAACAGUCCUAAAGUAGGUGAACAGGACAAUGGGCACUUGUCUCCUCUCCAACAGUUGCCCAAAGAAGGAUUUACAAGACCUCAGGUGCCUGGCGCUUCUGCAACCUUGUCAUCAGAUGAUGUCUUCUUAAGGCCUCAGGCUCCUCCUCCCACCCCAACCAGGACCCCUUUGCAGGAUCCAUUCACGCAACCUCAGACAUCACAGCCACAAUCAGCACAAAUGUUUUCUUCAACUGCAAAUGGAUCCAGGCCGUCAUCCCCUUGGGACCCAUAUGCAAAAAUGGUUGGAACACCAAGACCACCGCCAAUUGCUCGGAGGAAUUCAGCGUCCUCUUUAGAUUCUUGUGCUGUUCCCCAAAGUGUUUCCAGGCCAUCCCCAGCUACUGACCAGAUGGAGAAAAGUAGAUCUUCAUUAGCAAAUGAGUCCUUCGGUUCACCAGCUUCAGCCACCAAUGAUCCUUAUGCAAAAGCGCCUGAUACUCCUCGACCCGUCAUGACCGCAUCAGCAGAUCAUUUUUCAAAGCCAUUAGGAUUACCAAGACCACCAGUGAACCCUGAUUCCUUGGGAAAUGUACCAAUUGCAGCUGAUCCGUUUGCAAAACCCACUCUCAGGCCUGAUGUGUUUCCAAGAAUGCAGAUGCCAAACAACCGAAUGGCCACUCAUGAUCCUUAUGCACGGUCUCAGCUGGCAUCCAGUCCUGCAGGUAAAGACAGUGGAAGUGGUCACUUGUUUAAGACACCAAUGUUACCACUUCAGUCACCACAAGAUCCUUAUGCAUCAGUGCCUCAAACUCCAAGACGUAUACCUGUAGAUCCAUAUGAAAAAACUGCUUUAACCCCUAGACCUUUGGAUAACUUUCCACAAAAGCCAGUGCAGCCUCAGUCCCAGGCAGUGGACCCAUAUGCACAACAGCCACAUACACCUCGUCCUGAGCCAUAUCCACAUGGUCAGAGAAUUCCUCGGCAAGCCCAGGGUGAUAUAUUCGUUCAACCAGGAUCACGGUCAAGAUGUUCUCCUCAGGAACCUUACACACAGCCUAAUGGAACUCCUCGCCCUGCUGCUGACCCUUACGCACAGCCUCCUGGAACCCCUCGGCCUGCAACUGAUCCUUAUGCACAACCACCUUUAACCCCCAGGCCGGCUCCAGUUGAUCCAUACACACAGCAACCACAUACUCCAAGACCACCUACACAGCAAGCAGAUUCAUACACCCAACCACCUGGAACUCCGAGACCCGGAGCCGGAGAUCGUUUUGUACAAUCACCAAUUGGUCAGCGGUAUUCUGAUCCGUAUGUGCAACCCCCUGCAACCCCAAGACCCAUUGUUUCUGAUGCCUUUUCACAACCUCCACAGUCUCCGAGGCCCAUUAACACAGAGCCUUGCGACCGGCAAGCAAUGACCAGACCAAGUUUGUUGGCAAAUCAGGAUCUAUUCUUGCAACCACAAAAUAAUAGAGCUCCAAAUAUGCAGGAUACAUUUGUACGACCUGCUGAUCCACGUGGUCGAACUCCUCAGAAUUCCAGACAAGCUGGAAUGUCUGAUGAUCCUUUUCCACCCCAUCCACCAUCACUGAGGCCAACUGGCGAUACAUUUGGACAUAUGGUGCACGACCCAUAUGAUCAACCACCAAGAACCCCAAGAUCUCAAGCCAAUGAAACGUUUGUGCAGGGAAGAAUUGAUCAUGAUGUUGGUAACCAACAAGGAGCUCCAUCAGAUAGCCUAAAUUUCAGCAGUUCCACAGAGUCACCCAUAAAUUCACAGGUGCAGCAAUUUCAUAGUGUGCCUCCAACACAAGAUCAAGUCCAAUCAGCACUGGCAUCUGAAACUCAAAAUAACACAAACACAGGUCACGUGGACACUGAAGAGAAACAAAGACAGAGACUGAGAUUACGGGAACUGAUUCUCCGACAGCAACAGCAGAAGAAUGCAGUUCGACAGGAAAAGGGCCUGCAAGAACAGGCAAUGACCUCUGCAGCAGCACCACUUAGGCACUGGCCACAGGAAGAUCAAAAGAGUCCCAGUGAAUUAUUUGGAAGACCACCUCCACCAUACCCUGGCAUUGUGAGAAUUCCACUUGCAGCUCAAGCAGGUCAAAGGUUUUCGGACCCUUUUACAAAUGAACCAAGGCGACGUCUCUUAACUGAUGGUCAAUUUAACAGACCUCAGUUUUCUGGAGAUGCCACAAGGAUGGUCAUGAGACCUCAUGGUCCAAGGUAUUCUUUUCCGGGAAGUGGACAGAGACCAUUUGCAGGUCAGGAACACUUUCUUGGGCAACAUCAUAUGCAUGGUCCAGGUCUUCGACAACAGCUAAGGAGAUCGUUAUCUGUGGAUUUUACCAGGUCUUUAAACAAUCCACAGGUGAACAAUGGAGUGAUUAUUCCACAACACUUUCCUCCUCAGGGAAUGCAAAUGCCGCAGCACAAUAUCUUGGGUCAACCAUUCAUUGAACUUCGACAUAGAGUACCAGAGAGUGGGCCACGGCUUCCUUUCCCAUCAGCUAGUGGCUUAGAUCCAACCAUCCAGUCGCAAAGACCUGGAGAGGUUAUGCCUGGACAGGGUGCCUUCCCAUCAAGUCAAGGACCAAAAUCAUUAGACUCCAUGUCAAACCAACAAAAUAUACAUAAUCAGAUGGAAAAUUGUAAUAACAUGGAUCAGCUUAAUCAACAUCAACAGCAGCCAAUGCGUAUAAACCAUCCAGUGGUACCCCUUUCACGUUCCUUAAGCAAUCCUCCUCCAAGUCAGGCCUUUUCAUCAGCUGUCUCAUUAUCCACCAGUUCAUCUGCGCAUGGAGAGGGUAUGGUGGAGAAACUUGAUGCUGAUGAUCCUUCAGUGAAAGAUCUUGAUGUUAAGGACCUUGAUGGAGUGAGAGAUCUAGAAGUUAAAGACUUGGAUGAUGAAGACUUGGAAAAUUUAAAUUUGGAUCCAGUAGAUGGAAAAGGUGAUCCAGAUUUAGAUAAUUUAGACAAUAUAGAAACAAAUGACCCACAUUUGGAUGAUCUGUUAAAAUCAGGGGAGUUUGAUCUCAUUGCUUACACAGACCCUGAGCUUGAUCUGGGUGACAAGAAGGAUAUGUUUAAUGAAGAACUGGAGCUGAAUGAUCCAAUAGAUGUUAAACUAGAUGAGCAUAAGCGUAAAGAAGAAGCAAAAGGUGAUGAGGAAGCCAAAGCAGGAGAUCAGCCUGGUAGGUUCCCUGCAAAAGAAGAAGCCGUAUUGCCAUCUGAAGGACCCGCUGAUAGUAGUCCUAAUGAAUCAAAAAGUUCUCUAAAAUCAGAAACUGUUACCAGUGAUGGAAAUCAUGAAGUUCCUUACAGUACGAGUACAGCCAAGUCUGAGGCGAAAGAUACAAUAACAGAUAGUGCUCCCACUUCUGACUCUUGUAUUGGUGGUGAACUGGAAAUCACAAAGGAAGAAGAAAGAGUUGAUGGUAAUCAAGAAUUAAUGGGAGCUAACUCAAGUUUCAGUGACUCUCAGUCUUCUACCCCAACUUCCAUUUCACUCGGAAGCAAUUCACGUCAUCUGAGCCAUUCUAUUCCGGCCCUCUCAAAUUUGUUAACUGAGAAGCCAGCUAAUUCUGGUCUUGCGUCUUUGAGCUCACCUUCCAAAGUUGUGCCAUCACCCCAGCCACAUCCAGAAACAGGUGUCCCACAGUCUCCCAAGAUGGCAGUUUCUCCAGGACAGAUGGCUGAGAACCCAAUAAAUACAAACUUGCAAAUGGGGCAAAGGUUAAAAUGUAGUUUUUCACAAGGACCUUCUGGAAACCAGACCUUUUUUCAAGUUCAACCACCCAACCAGAAUUAUCCAACAGGGCAAACUCCGAGUCAAAAUGUGGCACUAACCAAUCAGCCAGGACCUAGUAAUCAAGCAAACACACAGCAAAUUAUGCUUCCUCAGACGAUGGGUUCUCAGGGUCAACGUGAGAGGCCCCUCCUUUUGGAAGAGCAACCCCUUCUUUUACAGGACCUUUUGGAGCAGGAAAGGCAGGAGCAGCAACAGCAGCGUCAAAUGCAGGCGAUGAUACGACAUCGAUCUACUGAUUCCUUCUUUCCUAACGUUGAUUUUGAUGCUAUUACUGAUCCUAUCAUGAAAGCAAAGAUGGUAGCAUUAAAGGGAAUCAACAGAGUUAUGGCCCAAAGUAACUUGGGAAUGCCACCAAUAGUAAUGAACAGGUUUCCCUUUAUGGGCCAGCAAAUGUCAAGUCCACAGAAUGGAGAUGGUGGGCAGAAUCCCAUUCACCAAGGAGUUACCUCGGAUGGAAAUUUGGCACCUCAAAUGCAGCGACCAAACCCUCCAUCUUUUGGUCCUGGUUUUAUGAAUGAUGCCCAGAAGCAACAAUAUGAAGAAUGGCUCCAAGAAACUCAACAACUCCUGCAAAUGCAGCAGAAAUUUCUUGAGGAGCAGAUUGGAGCUCACCGGAAAUCCAAGAAGGCACUCUCAGCUAAACAACGCACAGCUAAAAAGGCUGGACGGGAAUUUCCAGAGGAAGAUGCAGAACAGCUUAAACACGUAACUGAACAGCAAAGUAUGGUGCAAAAGCAAUUGGAACAGAUUCGAAAACAGCAAAAGGAACAUUCAGAGCUGAUGGAGGAGUAUCGUUUAAAGCAGCGGCAGCAACAACACUGUUCAAUGAUGCCGUCCUCCAUGAUACCUGCUGGAUCAGCCCAGCUUCCCUCAGUUCAAGGUGGGACUCCAUCUUCAGUGACUCAACAGAAUUUUUCGAUGAUGCCACAGCAGCAGCCCAGACAACAAAUGCAGCCGCCAGUUCCUCCACAGCCUGCGGGUAACAGAGUGACUGCUGCUUCUCAGUGGCAGAGUUGCAAUCCAAAUGCAGCUGCCCCUCCCCCUAUUCCCAUGGGUGCCCCUAGGAUGCAGCACUCUGCACCACCUCAGUUGCCAGUGCCCAGCACCCCAUCUACUCAGGGGCCGACAGUCACAGCCAAUCAGCAGUCCAGUGUGCCGCCACGAGUUGAAUUUGAUGACAACAACCCAUUCAGUGAAAGUUUCCAGGAGAGGGAGCGGAGGGAGCGUUUACGAGAGCAGCAGGAAAGGCAGCGGAUCCAGCUCAUGAAGGAAGUUGAGCGUCACCGUGCUAUGCAGAAGCGAAUGGAAAUGGAGCAGCAGCAAGGGAUCUCGGAUGUGAAUGCGCCAGCCCUGUCACAAAUGCCAUAUUUUAAUUCUGAAUUGCCUUGUGAUUUCAUGCAAUCUCAAAGACCCCCACAGCAGAUGGGACUAAUUCCUCCACAGCAACAGAAUCUACUUCCACAGUUUAUGAAUUCACCUACUCCAACAUCUUAUAUGCAGUGCAGUGACAAUAGGCCCAUGGGAACAGCAGGAUUUGAGACUGAAGGCCAUGCAAUUCCUGGUGGAUGCCCACCUAUCCAUCCUGUGAACCAGUUGCCGUCUGGUCCUGGUUUUCCACAGAACCCACCACGCCCUCAGUUUGCACCAACUAUGCCUGUUGGAUCUCAAGGAAAAGCUGAUGGAGGCCACUUUGGUCCAGAAAGUGGGAUGCAAUUACCAGGCAGUUACCCAGGCCCUGGUCAAUCACUCAUUCAACUUUAUUCCAAUAUUAUACCAGAGGAAAAGGGAAAGAAAAGAAGAACCAGAAAGAAGAAGAAGGAUGAUGAGGAUGACUGUGCUAGGACACCAUCUACUCCUCAUUCUGAUAUUACUGCACCAACUACACCCGUUGUUGCUGAUGCUGCUAACGCAGCUGUCAAUCUACCUGGUGAUUUUGUAUGUAAUCAAGGAGAGAAUGAGAAUGGAGACUUAAAUCAGUUAGCUAAUAAUUCAAGUGACAACCAAUCUCCAUCUGAACUUGAACGUCAGCUUUCUUCCAAUGUUACUGUACCACAGAGAGUAGUAGUACAGCAGCCCUGUCUCCCCUCUGAAACAGAACAUAGUCCAUCAAAUGAAGCUUCCAGGCCAAACUCAGUGAAGGUGGAACACACAGAGUCUGCUGAGUGCCAUGAGCGUGCACAACACAAGAUGGAAACACAGAGCCCAGUGAAGUUGGAGGAGAAGAUGAACAUGCAGCAGCCUGUCGUUUCAUCACACGGACCUGCUGCUGGGGCCAACCUACCAGCAUCAAAGCAGGAAUCAGGGAAUGAGCUACUGAAACAUCUUCUGAAAAACAAAAAUACUCCACUGGCUGCUCCCCAGAGAUCUGAAGAAAAAUCUGAGGACGAACCUAGUAUGGAAAGCAGAUUGGUGAAGAAGCAGAGCCCAUUUGAGGGGCAGACUCCUCUCAGUGGAUAUAACUUCGAUGGAAAGAUGAUACAGCUGCAAAGGAAGGAUUCAGAGGACGAAAAGAAGCGUUCGAAAAACAAACGGUCGCAGAAAACAGCUGAGAAAACUGUGUCGCGCUAUAAAAAACGAAGAAAGGAUGAGGAAGACAGGCAUGCAAUCUAUCCUAAUACUGAUGUUCUAAUGAACCAGUUAAAACAGCAACUGACUCUUCUCCCAUUGCUGGAGCCAACAAUCAGUGUGAAUUUUGCUUACUUCCCUCCCUAUGGUAGUGGACAGUUAAAUGGAGAUAAUCUGCUAACCGGGUCUUUUGGGAGUGCUGCUCUUGACAGCGUCCCAGAUUAUUACUCUCAGUUAAUAUACAAGAACAACCUUAGCAAUCCUCCCACCCCACCAGCCUCCUUGCCUCCUACACCACCACCUGUGGCUAGACAGAAGAUGGUGAAUGGUUUUGCUACAACUGAGGAGCUUACUGGAAAACCAGGAGUAAUUGGACAUCACGAUGUUACCAAGGGCCUUGGGCCAAAACAGUACCAGCUACCUUUUAGACCUGAGGAUGAUUUAUUAGCAAGAGCUUUGGCCCAUGGACCGAAAACAGUAGAUGUUCCUGCCUCUCUACCAACUCCACCUCACAACAACCAUGAGGAACUAAGAGGUCAAGACCAUUGUGGUGAUGACGAUCGUGACUCCCUAGAUAGCUUUGUAGCAUCAUCAUCUCCUGAAAGUGUGGUGGGUAAGGAGAUCAGCCGGUAUCCUGAUCUUUCCCUGGUGAAAGAGGAACCACCUGACCCAGCUCCGUCUCCAGUAAUUCCCAUGCUUCCAAGUUCCACAGGCAAAGGUUCAGAAGCUAGACGGAGUGAGGUUAAAAUGGAACCGACCUUUGGAAAUAUGGGUUCAUCACUGUAUUUUAAAAAUCAGUUUGCACAGUCCCAAAAUGGACCUAAGAUGGGCCUUGUGUCCGUAGCACUUACAUUAACACCAAAUGCAGCUGAGGACAUUGGUGGUGUUGUGGCAGCAGUGGCUGAUCUCCUGCAUGUUAAAGUUCCCAACAGUUAUGAAGUCAGCAGUGGGCCUGAACCAUCUCCAAUGCCUUUGAUAAAUCCAUACAAGUUUAACCAAUCCUUUGAAGGUAGACCAUCACUAAUAGCUCAAGCUUCUCACCCUGGAUUUACUGGUCCUGUUAAGGUUAUGAGACCUGUUGGACCUUCAAGUCUCCCAUAUAUGAUUCCUCCCCAUGUUGUCUUCCCUGUAGCAGGCACAGUGGCACUCAAAGCAGAUAAUCGAGCAGUCAUGAACAGCUCUACCACCUCUAAACCUCAGUGGUGCCGACAUUGUGAUGUUGUGGUGCUUGGUAAUGGUGUACGGAAGACGCUCACAGACCUUCCAUAUAAUAAGCAGGAUUCAAGAGAUGGUACAGGAAAACUAGAGACUGAUAUUGUCUUUUGUAGCAAUAGUUGUUUUGUACAAUAUGCAAUGGCCACACAAGCAAAAACUCCAGACACAAAGCAGGAGUUUCCAUCUUCAGUGGCAGAGCAGCAACCUAAGGAUGUGACGCGGAACACAUUCCAUCAUUACAACAACAACACUUCCCCUUUGGAUGUCCAUCGCCUUCCACGGAUUCAGGAGAAUGCAGUUUCUCCAACUCCCAGUGUCUAUUUUCCUCCAGCCAACCUGCAGUUGUUCAAACAAGAUCCAAAGCCUGAUGAUCUCAAGGUGACGGUGAAACUGAAACCUAGGCCGAGGUCACUACAAGGAGGUUUGGAUGACAAUCGCCCCAUUAAAAGGUGGAAGGGGAUGAAGUGGAAAAAGUGGAGAGUUCAAAUAGUCAUUCCUAAAGAGCAUUUAAAGCUGGUAUCUGAAGAGGAGAUAGAUGAACUUCUAAAUAAACUUGGGACAUCAUUCAAGCCCGAGCCCAUGCCCCGAGAUUAUAGACGAUGUUGUUUAUGUCAUGAAGAAGGUGAUGGAACAACUGAUGGGGCUGCAAGGCUCCUGAACCUUGAUCUGGAUCUCUGGGUCCAUUUAAAUUGUGCCCUCUGGUCCACAGAAGUAUAUGAAACACAAGCUGGCGCCUUGAUUAAUGUGGAGUUGGCUUUGAGGCGAGGCCUUUCCAUGAAAUGUGUUUUCUGUCAUAAAAUGGGAGCUACUGGUACAUGUCAUCGGAUAAGAUGCACCAAUAUUUAUCAUUUUACCUGUGCCAGUAAAGCCCAAUGUAUGUUUUUCAAGGAUAAGACUAUGCUCUGCUCAUUACAUAAACCAAAGGGACCUCAUGAGCAAGAGUUGACGUAUUUUGCUGUCUUCAGGAGAGUUUAUGUACAGCGGGAUGAAGUUAAACAGGUAGCCAGCAUUGUACAGCGAGGAGAACGCAACCACACAUUUCGGGUUGGAGGCUUAAUUUUCCAUGCCAUCGGACAGCUGCUCCCACAGCAGAUGCAGUCUUUCCACAGUUCGGUAGCACUCUACCCAGUUGGCUAUGAAGCAAGCCGGUUUUACUGGAGCACGCGUUACUCUAACAAGCGUAGUCGUUAUCUGUGCUCCAUUGAAGAAAAAGACAGUGUUCCAGAAUUUGUGGUCAGAGUCAUUGAGCAAGGUCAUGAGGAUCUAGUCUUAACUGGAAGCUCUCCAAAAGGGGUGUGGCAAAAGCUUUUGGAGCCCAUAGCACGUCUCCGAAAAGAUGCUAACAUGCUGAAACUCUUCCCAGACUACCUUCGGGGAGAUGACCUCUUUGGCUUGACUGUUUCUGCAGUCACAAGGAUAGCUGAGUCGCUGCCUGGAGUAGAAAAUUGCGAAAACUACACAUUUCGUUUUGGUCGCAACCCACUGAUGGAACUUCCGCUUGCAAUAAAUCCUUCAGGCAGUGCCCGAUCUGAGCCCAAGAUGAGUACUCAUGUCAAGAGGUUUGUGUUAAGGCCACAUACCCUGAACAGUACCAGUACAUCCAAGUCUUUUCAGAGCACAGUCACGGGAGAACUGAACGCACCUUAUAGCAAGCAGUUUGUUCAUUCCAAAUCUUCUCAGUAUCGUAAAAUGAAGACCGAAUGGAAAAUCAAUGUGUAUUUGGCCCGUUCUCGGAUCCAGGGUCUUGGAUUGUAUGCUGCCCGAGACAUCGAGAAACAUACCAUGGUUAUUGAGUACAUUGGAACAAUCAUCCGCAAUGAAGUGGCUAAUAGAAAGGAGAAACUUUAUGAGUCUCAGAAUCGUGGAGUGUACAUGUUUCGUAUUGACAGUGAUCAUGUUAUUGAUGCAACAUUGACAGGAGGUCCUGCAAGAUAUAUCAAUCAUUCCUGUGCACCAAAUUGUGUGGCUGAGGUGGUAACCUUUGAGAAAGGACACAAAAUAAUUAUCAGCUCCAAUCGUAGGAUUCAGAAAGGAGAGGAGCUGUCCUAUGAUUACAAAUUUGAUUUUGAAGAUGACCAGCACAAGAUCCCAUGUCAUUGUGGAGCUGUGAACUGCCGUAAAUGGAUGAACUAAACGCAUUCCUUGCAAUAUUUCUGGGGUUGCUUGUCCCUGGAAAGAGAUGCUCACUUUCUCUUUUACAUGAACCAUACAUUCACACACACACACAUGUACAUACAUACACACAUGCGCACAUCCACACUCACAUCCACCCACACAUGCACAGACAUAUGAACACACACACAAAACACCUUUCGAAAGUAAGCCUGGAGUUCACAAAUGAUUCUCCUCAUCUCCUCAUCUCCAGCAGCAGCACAGAGUUGUGUAACAAGCAUAAACUGAAGAUUGGCUGACAUGCCAGUCAAUCCCAUCUGUCCAUAAGAAAUGCAGGUGGAAGCAGAUUAUUAAUUGGUCUAGCACUGGAGUUACUGUCCUGUAUUGACUGAAAUGAGCAAUGGUUUUAUUAGGAAAAGAACCAAUGGCUGACCUGCUUACAAGUAGGGUAGGCACUUAUGAAUGUAGGACCGAAUUCACCAGCUAGGGGAAGGAUCAACAGUGCUGGCCACAGCCUUAUUUGCAAGGGGCAGGCCCUCUAGUUUAAAUAAAUAAUUAAUUAAAAAAAAGUAGACACCACUGAACAAGGAAUGUACUGAGGUGACUUCCUUAGGGAUACAGCUAAGGGAAAUAACUUGCACUAAAACCAUUUAAAUUACUUGAUUCCAUGAGUCAGUUUAUUGUAGUUUUUUGAUUUCUGUAUGAUAAAAGAGAAACAUUUUUGUAUUUAUUGGAUAAGUGAAUGAAGCUAUUUUUAAAAAUAAAAGUAGAAGAAAGCCAAGCUGCUGCUGUUACCUGCAGAUAUAAAAACCCUGUUACUUUGUACAAAUUGUAAAUAAAGUGAGGAAUAUACAAUAUAAAAGAAAAUGACCAAAAGCUACCUGACACUGCAACAAUUUGCUUUUAGUGGAGUCCUCUGAGUCAGGUUACAUGGUGUAUAAAUUUAACCAACUGUGAAUUAGGUUCAAAACCACACCCAGGUAGCGGCUAGAAGCUCCUUUAGCAAGCCUAGAUGUAUAGGUAGAGGAUUGCAAACACAAUACAUACAGCAGAAUCAUGUUAAGGGUUGUAGCCUCAAAGAUAAUUUUUAUUUUUAAGCAAAAUUAUGAAAUGUAAUUAUGCUAACACUGCAGGAUUUUUGGCAAUAGGGUUUUGGAAUAAAUGAAAAAAUAGGCACAAAAAUAAUAUUUGUAUGGAUUGUUUUUUGUUUACAUUUCUUUAAACAAACACUGUUUUGUGUUGGCUUGUAGAAGUUUAAAAUGCAUUUUGAACCAGGUUAGCUUUAUUUUAUACUUACAGAAAAGAGAAAUAACUGGUACUGACACUUCACAACUAUUAAGUUCGAAAUGAAGUUUGUGUGCACAUUAUCAGUAAAUUGUUAUAUUCAAUGAAACAGUCAUAAAUUGUAAUGUAUAUGGCAUGUUGUAUUUUUUACCUUACAGAAGAAAUCAAUUGUACAUAGUUCUUCUUGAUAAAUAGCUGUAUGAAUUUGUUUCUUGGAUUUUUUUUCUCUUGUAUAAUAUUCCAACAUCCUACCAGUAUUUGUCCUACAGUUUAUUUCUGUCCUGUACAAUAGUAUCUAAUGUUGGGGGAAAAAGAGCUUUUUUUUUGAAGUGUAAAGAGUGUUAUUGGGUUUUGGAGUUUGUGCAACCAGAUUAGGAGAUCAGCAUUUACAAAUAAAAUAUUUUACAUCUA